AUGAGUGAUUUGAUAGAUCUUACCAGUCCAGAGGAGAAAAAGAUAAAACCUCCUAAACUUACGUCACCGUUGAUCCCUUUACCGGAUGAUAAGGGCAACCCAGGUGAAUCUAAGCAUAUAAAUAAUCCAAUAAUCAAUUUAGAAGCUUGUGGUAACUUGGAUGACAAUCCAUUCGACUCUGCGCUGCGGAAAACGAGCGAGUUUGUCAGUAAAUCCCAAGACCCUUUUGAGAUAGUCUGGGAAAAGUCAAUGAACAGCACCAGGAAGUCAUGUAGGUCAACCGGGGAUAAGCUAAAUAAAACAGCUGAUGGUUUUGUCACUCCAUCGGUCACUUCAGUCCCCAAAAAUGUGACUAAAUCAAAAAACCCGGUGAUUUCAGUGAAGCCACCUACUCCAGAGUUCCACGAGCUCUCGAUUCUGGACCAGUCGUGCCUGAAUGACAGUUUUCUGCUGGACUCUUCAGUCACGGGGCGACCGAGCACCGAGAGGUAUUUAAAGCGGCUGGCCAGCGACAUUGAGUCACCCAACUUUGAAUUAUCCCAGUCGAUCUUGAACCAGUCGACGCUUAACGACAGCUUGUCGGGGACCAACUCUGAUGAUUGUCCAAUAAAAUCUAUAGCUGCCCAGCGACUCGCCUCUUGUGUCCAGCAAGGACUCAAACAAGCUGAGGCUGCUAGGAAAAAUCAAGGGUAUCAUCACCAGCGGUCGUUGUCUCAAGGUUGUCACGUCUCUCCUCACUACUCCAAGUCUUCCAGGUCUUACUCGGCAACGAGUGUUGGAUUGGAUAAAAGUCUUCAAGAGCUUGAGCUUGCUUCUAGAGAUACUUUACUCAACCCGCUGAACAACGGGUUUCUUAAUUCAAGUCGUGAUACAAUUUCUGAUAUUUCUUUCAUAAGGAAAUUUAGCUCUGCAUCGGGUGGAUCUUCUACUGACACCUAUAAUAAAAUAAACCGGGCUUUUAUCGCCAGCAAAUCACUUAUAGAAAAUGAUACUGUAAGAAAAUCAAUAAAUUCACGACUCUCGACGUCUUUUGCUGAGAUUUCUGAUCUGAAAGCGAAACUUAGUUUGCUUAAAUCAAAGUCUUUGCUGGGGUCUUUGGAAAGAAAUGAAACUGCGAGCGAUAGUGAUGAAUUACCUUCAAGAAUUCCUAGCGAUAGUGAGGUAUUAACGGAUAACGAAGUACGAGUAGAAAACUUGAUUGAGUUAUCCUCGGAUACCUCGAACAGUACGGGAUUUAAUUCCGCCGAUAAAGUACAGUCUUCAUCGCAAUCACAUCUUAAGAGUAAUGACAAUAGCUCUGUCGACGUGGUACGUGAGUUGGAGAAAGAACUAAUUGACGCUGAGAAUAAGCCAGCCGCUGCCAGUCUGCUGAUGGAUUUAAAGAAAUUAAUAAAAGCUGAAAAUAAUUCUCAGGCUAUUGAAUUGCUGAAAAAUCUUGAGAAAAUGUUGGGAGUUAAAUGUCAGAGUAACGCUGAUUUAUUGGAAAUUUUUAUGAAUUCAAGUACCUCAAGUUCUUUAAAUAAAGAUAAAAAUAGUAACAAUUUUGAGGACACAAGCAUUAAAUCCAGCGAUUUUACUCAUGAUACUAUAAAAGAAAAUAUUUCAAAAGGAGACAGUAUAAAUUCGUCAGAUUCAAAAGAUAAAAGUCAAAAUAGCAGUACUUUAAAAUUAAUAGCGGGUAUACAAGAAUCCCUUGAAAAAUUAUUGUCAGAAAAUGUGGGACAGCCUAAAUUAUUACUAAAAAAACUUAACAGCGUGUUUAGCAGUAUUGUGUCGAGCGAAAAAACUCCGGCAACCUCGCCAGUAAAAACAGCACGUGUGUCUCCGAUGAAAAAUCCGGGAUUAAGCCGCUCGGUUUCAUCUCUUGCCCGCAGAAGUGUAGACAGCCCGACUAAAAAAUCAUUCGGAUUAAAAAGACGGACCUCGAUGACGCAGAUACCUUAUACGGGUAGUUCGCGCAGAUCUAGCUCGGUUGGCCGGAGCGUACGUGCUGACAGUCCGAAGAAAGAAAUUAAAUCCCGGCUGUCGUCAUCCGCGUACCAAGUAACUAAAUCCCAAGUUCAGCAAGAAGUUGCUGUUAAAAUUAAACCUGUUCCAGUAAUUGGUAAGAGUAAACUACGUAAAAAGCCAGAGCAAGCUCUUGAAGUUACGAAGAAGGGUCCGCUGAAAGCGGUGAUCCCCCUGGGUAAUAUGCACCGACGCGCUUCCCUGGGGAAGCGCGUUGCUCCGACGACUCCUCCGAAGUCUGCCCGCGCUUCUAUUGGUAAAACCAGCACUCCUAAUACUGGAGAGGAGGUUCUAGAUUGCCUGAAGAAACCUCCCAAGACUAAACCUCUGGCUGCUUCCACUCCAGAAGGGGGUUAUAAGAAUACUCGCUCCAGUUUGCCGGUUCCUAAAAGCCCGAGACCUUCUUGCAGUAUUUCGCCGGUUACUCCCAAGACUCCGAUGGUCACUCCCAAGACUCCUAGAGGGUCUAGUCCUCGAGUUACUCCAGGAGUCAAAGUUUCUCACCGGCUGAGCUUAUCGUCACAGCCGAUCAAUAAACCUGGACAUUCUCGUCGGUCGGAACCUGUGAAACAAGAUUUAUCAAAGAGCGAGAGCUCGAAAAAAAUACCCGGUGUUUUAACCGAACAAAAUACUCCAGUUGCUAAAGUAAACCCGAUUAAUUUAACUUCCAAAUUUGUUCUGCACGCGUCUAGCGUCUAUGCGCGCGCUCAAUACACAAUUAUGCGCAGUGCAAUUUAUACACGCUUGCGCAGAAGAAUCUCAAACAGCGCCUCACUAUUUUCAUUUAUAAACCCAACGCGGCAAUUUUCUGAACUACCUUCGUUCGCAAUCGCAAAAAAAAAAUCUAAUAUGCAGCAGCACAGAGUAGAAGCUCAAAUUCUUUACGAAGAGCAAAUUUUAGAAGCAAUUGACCAAUUACGUCGCCGAAAAGCGCGUCCAGACGCCGACCGUAUUUGCAAUUAUUUACUGAGAAAAUUUUGUGUCGACGCGAGGGACACCAUAGCAGAUCUUCAUCGUCUGAUCGAGGCUGAGAAGGUGAUCCAGGUGGACUACAAAGGCAACACCUCGUACCGCAAUGCGUCCAAGUGGUCCCGACUGCAGCUGUACAAGAACAGACCCGAAGGAUUCGUCAAGGACAAACUGAGCUCUGCUUCAGUUGCUGGAGCGGUAGCUGAGCUGGUAAUCGAGGAGCCUGACUACUUAGACCAAGGAGUUCCUCCAUUCCGGCUGAUUGAACAUCUGCUAGACGGAAUCUCCAACCCGACCUCGCGUAAAAUGGUCGAGGAUUUUCUUAAUAAAGAAGUCGCAAGCGGUAAUAUCAUUAGAUCAGCCAAUGGUAAUUACUCUCUAGUCGCUACUAGUGACACCAGCAAUACGACGUUAAAUUCAACUAUUUCUUCAUCGUCUUCAUCUUCGUCGCCUCCACCACGAGCUAAUUUAAUUACCAACAACCACAUGGACAAUGAAGUGAUUGCUGGUAGUAAAAAAUUUUCACGUGACGAUAUUAAUAUUAAUAUUAUUAAUUGUAAUAAUAGUGGUAAUAUUAAUAAUGAUAAUCCUAAUUCAGGAUUGAAUUGCAAUUACGACAAUAAUUUAUUAAUGACUGACUCACGAUCAAGCACGCCGAAAAUUACUAGCUCAAGACUUGUUGUUGGGAGUAAUAAUAAUAAUAAUAAUAAUAAUAAUAAUAAUGGGAGUAUUGGAACGGUUGCCAGCAAGCGUGAGCAAUGUUUUGAAGUCGCAGUUGCUGUGAAAGAACCGAACUCUCCUGAAGAAUCAGGUACCAAGGAUGACCUGGUACUUUGCACUGAGGACAAUAUUCCAAUGGCGACAGCGAUGGCGAUGUCAAAUGAUACAGCUGAGAAAAAAGAACCCAAAACUGAAGUGGUCAUCACUUCUAACCUUAAACGCUCGGCUAAGUCUGAGCGUAAACAACGCUUGAUGGUUAGAGCUGAUGACUCUAUGGACAUUGAAAUCAAGUUUGAUGAAAUUAAGUACGAGAGCAAGUUUAAUGAUACUAAGGAGAAGGCUAAGGAGAAAGAGAAGGAGAAGGAGAAGGAGAAGGAGGACAGUGAAAAUUUGAGCGAGAAAGAGGAUGAGGAAGCUGAGGCUGAGAGAAGUUCCGCUAAUCCUUCGCCGACUUUGUCGAAUCCUGUUGGAGGAUUUCGCAGUGCGAGACGGAAGAGAGCCAAAAAAGUAUUUGACCCAUCGGAUAAUAAUGUAGUAAAACGCAAGCGAGGAAGAUACGCAACUGCGGCUACAAAAGCCAGCUUGCAAGUUACUACUCAGGAUUCCCAGGAUUCGACUUCUUCGAAGCCAAGUGUUAAAGAAACUGGAAGAAAAUGCAGCCUUUGUUAUAAAGAUAAAGCUGAGAGUCUUAUUCCUUGUCGUGAUUGUACUGUCAGAGCGCAUCCAAGUUGUAUUUAUUCCCCGGACGAUUUACUUCUUAAAACAGGGAGCAGCUGGCAAUGCGAGCGCUGCAAAAGUUGUACAGUUUGCUGUGAAACUUCAGACAUAGGACCUUUGUUGACCUGCUACACGUGUGACGACGCGUAUCACUACUCGUGUCAUACGCCGCGCGUGAUAAGGUCAGGAUCUAAAUGGCAAUGCUGCGAAUGCAAGCCUCAACCCAGCAAGACCGUCACCACCGUAGUACCAACAGCCUCGACUGCCUUAACAACCAAUUCUACCGCAUCAACAACCCCGACAGCCUCAAUUACAACGCCUGCAGCAGCCCCCAGAUCAGAAACGCCUCCGCAAACCCCUACUUUACCUCCAGUAUUGAGUCCACAGGUAUCACCGUCUAGAGAAUCUUUGGAGGCUAUUGAAGAUGAAACAAUACCACGUGAUUCUGUUAUUGAUCCAAAUAUACCAGAUGCCUCUGAUUGGACUUCCGAACAAGUUUAUCAAUCCGACGUAUUGAUCGGACUAGAUCUUCUUCUGGGUCCAGCUCUCAAGAUUUACCGUCACGUGUUGAAAUUACAAAUGCGUCGGGAUGAAACACGUUUCUAUUGGUUGUAA